CCCAUUUCCCAAAAUAUACAACACGUUGCACAUACAUACACACAAGAAAGCAUCAACCACGAAAACACACAAAAAGGAGAAAAAAAUGAAAUUGACGUGUAAGUCUUUCAUUGGUCCGUAAACAGAGCUUGUUUCAUGCGUGAACGAGAAACUUGUGUGUGUGUGUUUGUGAGCCAAAACAACAAAAACCCAUUUUUUCACAGAGAGAAGAAUCAUCUUUGAUUCAAUGUUGAUACAGAGCAUCCUCUGUUAGGGUUUUUUUUAGGGUUUCUUCCUUCUUUCUUUCUUUCUUUCUUUCAAAUUAGUUUCUUAUUGGGUAGUCCGUAGAAUCAGAAUUGGGAUUUGGUUCAAUCUUCGUUGUGAAAAAAUCAGAUUUUGAUUACUGGGUUUUAUAAAAGACUGAUUUUUUUUUGUUCUGACUUGGAUUUGUUUGUGGGUAUUGUUAAAGAGACGAAAAGAUUUGGGUUUUGGUUAAGAAGGAUGAUUCCGUCGUUGAUGGUAUCAGCUAUACAGGUAGCAGAGCUAUCAGUGAGCUCCGUUGUUCAUAUGGUAUAUGGGCUUUACAUAUUCAGCUCCGCUGUCGCCGGUGAUCUCACUCAGACGUUGACUAAAUCAAUCUUCAAACCCAAAGCCACCGUUGAAGUCAAACAAAUUGACCAAGAGAAGACGACAGACGUCAAUGCUUUGCCUCCUAUUGUUUUGGUCCAUGGGAUUUUUGGAUUUGGGAAAGGAAGAUUAGGUGGUUUGUCAUACUUUGCUGGAGCAGAGAAGAAGGAUGAUAGAGUGUUGGUGCCUGAUUUGGGAUCUUUGACUAGUGUACACGAUAGGGCAAGAGAACUCUUUUAUUACUUGAAAGGUGGAUUAGUUGAUUAUGGUGAAGAUCACAGUAAAGCUUGUGGGCACUCUCAAUUUGGUCGUUUUUAUGAAAAAGGGGAAUAUCAAGAAUGGGAUGAAGAUCAUCCUAUUCACUUUGUUGGUCACUCUGCUGGUGCUCAAGUUGUUCGUGUGUUGCAGCAAAUGCUUGCUGACAAGAUGUUUGAGGGUUAUGAGAACACGAAUGAGGACUGGGUGUUGAGUUUAACAUCGUUGUCAGGAGCGUUAAACGGGACUACUCGAACCUAUAUUGAUGGAAUACAGCCGGAGGAUGGGAAGUCCCUGAAACCUAUAUCACUGCUUCAGAUAUGCAAACUUGGAGUCAUAAUGUAUGACUGGAUCGACAUACCUUGGCUCAAGUCCUAUUACAAUUUCGGGUUCGACCAUUUCAACAUGUCGAGAAAGAAGACAGGUCUACGCGGCCUAGUUGAUCUUCUUCUUGGCAAUGCAGGCCCUUUUGCAUCAUCUGCAGAUUGGAUAUUGCCUGACCUCUCAAUCCAAGGAUCGAUGAAGCUCAAUGCUAGUCUGCAGACUUUCCCAAACACGUUCUACUUCAGCUACGCGACUAAACGUACUAGAAAAUCUCUUGGAGUGAUGACUGUUCCAUCAGGUGUGAUGGGAAUUCAUCCUUUGCUUUUCAUCCGCGUGUGGCAGAUGAGCCAGUGGCGAUUUCCUCGUGACAUUCCUCUGCCUUAUAAAGGAUACAUAGAUGAAGAUUGGCAGGACAAUGAUGGAGCACUGAACACAAUAUCAAUGACUCACCCACGAAUUCCCGUUGAACAUUCUAGUCUCACUCUUAGUAGUGACUCAGACUGUCUCCCGCUACAACCGGGCAUUUGGUACUACAAGAUCGUGGAGGCAGAUCAUGUUAUGUUCAUUAUAAACCGAGAGCGAGCAGGUGUGGAGUUCGAUUUGAUCUACGACAGUAUCUUUGAGCGGUGCAGGAAACAUGUAUUCAGGAAGGUUCAACAGACAUUGCCUAACGAAGCUCAACACCAGUCAAGGGGAGACCAAGAAGAUUAGAGAGACAAAAAAUGUGAUCAUCAAAUGUAUAGCUUUGUCUGUUACAACAAGAAUCUUCAAAGCUCAAGAUUGAUGUCAUGGGCUUAGAUAUGUAUUUCCUUUAGUUUGAGUCCUAACUCUGACCACCGUCGUAAGAUCCAAACCGAAAAAUUGUUGGAUUAGGAUUUGUAAUUGAGAGACAGUGUUCACUAUCUAUGAUGACAUCUCAUUCGAAGAUAAAAGAAAAGUUUAGGAUAUUGGAUUUGUCA